AUGCUUACUCGCGCGUUUGCCGUAGUGUUGUGUUUGAACGCUGUAUUUACGUUUGCGGUAGUGUCUGGCAGUAAUGACACUAACAGCAGUACGCCCAAACCACCGACGGAAACUAGCUCUACCGGGUAUGGGUUUGAGAUGAUCAUGGCAAAGCUGGACUAUCUCCAGUACAAACUGCUCGAGAUGGACUUCGUGAUGAAGGAGCACAGUGAGGGAAUCGAGCAGAACCAGGGCCACCUCGAGAAAGUGUUUGCCAGCAUGCUAUGGGCGAUCAGUCGUUUGGAUCAAGCGGUCGGCAACAAUCUCACGGCGCUGCAGGCACAAUCGUGGAAGAUUCUUUCCCGCCAGACCGUGUGUGCUAAUCAUGAGCAGAUGCGAAGCGAAAUCUUUAGCCUCGCUCCGAAGCAAGGUCUGUCCGCUGGCGCACGCUCACUGUUCGAUCUGCAGGGCAUGCGGCACAAAGGUCCGUUCGAGUCGUGCAAAGACGAACCGACCAAGAUGUCCGGCAAGUAUCUGAUCCGACCGACGACCGAUACGGAACCGUUCCCGGUGUUUUGCGAGCAGACCAAGUUCGGUGGUGGAUGGUUGGUGAUACAGCAUCGCUUUAAAGGGUCGCUCGAUUUCUACCGCAACUGGACGGAGUACCGGGACGGGUUCGGUAGCAUCGAUCAGGAGUUUUGGAUCGGGCUGGAGCGUUUGCAUCAGCUAACGUCGGUCAAACCGUACCAGCUGCUGAUCGAGGUGGAAGACUUUGCCGGGGACUAUCGGUACGCGCGGUACAAGGAGUUUGAGAUUGGCAGUGAGGUGGAACAGUACAGCUUGAAGAAGCUGGGUGCGUACAGUGGCACGGGUGGUGACUCGCUGACGUAUCAUAAGGGUUUCAAGUUCACGACCAUGGACCGUGAUAACGACCCUUCAACAUCGAACUGUGCCGUUACAUGCGAGGGUGCCUGGUGGUUCAACAAUUGUCACCAUUCCAAUCUGAACGGACGCUUCAUGAACGCGGUGGAUGUGAAAUCGAUUUCGUGGUAUCAUUUUAAGAGCUCUCACCAAGGUAUGGCUUACUCCAGAAUGAUGAUCCGCGAGGUUUAG